AUGCCACGUUCGGAGACGACGUCCCCCGAGGAUUCGGGCGGAUUUUGCUGCUGCCUCGGGUCAAGCCGAGUGAAAGAUGAAGAUCAUCCCGUAACGUUUAUUAAAAGCGAACCCAUCAUGACCCAGCCAAACGGCACUGCUGUAGCAGGGCCGCUCGACGGUGAGGUAUCUGGCAUUCGGACGAAAACAGCCGAGCAGACUGUUGAUGGAUUUGAUGAUGUUUCCCUCGAGACACGGCCACAGCCCAUUGUACACCAGAAAGUCGAACCUCAGACCCUGGCCACCCAGGAGACGUUCAACAUCAACGACCUCAACAUGGAUGCAAUGUGCACGGAGGAGGAUGAUGAGAAUGGAGAGCAUAUUGUUGAGGACGCUCCGGAUAUUGGGAAUGAUGUGGUGGAAGAGGUGGACGAGGCCGACCUUCACAAAAUCCACCAUAUACCCCAGCUGGCGAGGGCGGAUACGCACAGCACCGGCGAACGGUCGGAUGAGGAAUUAACCUUCAAGCAGAUGAUCGCCGAGGAUUACUAUGAACGCACCAAGAAAAAGCUCCUCAAAUCGAUGGAAAAUGAAACCGCCGAAGAGGAAAACGACAGCCAAAAAUCGUACCUAAACCUCGACCCGGCCAACCCGGAAAAAGACACCGGUUCCGUGAUCGUCCACAACACAGAUGAAAAACCAUCGACUUCUUCCUCUGCCUCCGAAUCCCCAAGAGAGGAGCCCGAACCGAUCAUUGUCCAUGAAAAGAGCUACGACGACGAUUUGAAAAAACUGGAAGAGCGGGAAAAGCUGAAGGAAAGCCUGAUGAACGAGAUCGAGACGCUCGACUUGGAGGAGGUCACUGGGGAAGUGGAUCGGAGGUGGGAUGAAAAGCUCGAGCACUCGGAGCGGGAGUCGAAACGAGCUGAGGAGCAGUUCAAGGAGGUAAUCCCGCAACUCUCCGCGCGCUCCGGCUCCGAGACGGACGUCGAGUCGGAAUCUGAAGAAGAGGUGAUGGUCGACAAGCACAGCAGCCCAUCACCGCCAAAAAUCCACCCCGGCAGCCAUAUGUACUCGAAGAUGAGCGAGAGCGAGGAUGAGGAGAGCGACGAGGAGGAGGAGCCGCGAGAAAUCCUGGUUCCACCGCCGCGAAAACAGCACCUCGAAAAGCGGCCCGAGUCCCGCGAAGACAAUCAACCCAACCAGAACGGAAACAUCAGACCCGAUAGCAGCUCGGAGAAAGAGAACGCCACCAUCACCGAGGAGCACGUCACCCGCGUCUCCGUCAAGAGCAAUGGCCAUAGUACUGUAGUGGACUCGAUCGGGGGCCACGAUGCAGUUCGAGUGGCUCUUGGAUCAGAGACCCAAGUCACGGAUGACGAGUUCUCCGAGAAGCUCAUC